AUGUCCAGUGGCAAUGUGGAACUCCUGGGCGACAUUGUGGAAAUCCUGGAUUACGAAGCCGAGAGCGAGGCUCCCACCGCAGAGCAGCUUCCAGCGGCCGGUGCGGGAGACGAGAGCCCCCCCAUGCCCAUCGUGUUCACCGUCGAUAAUUUUCUUGCCAACAUCGCCACGGCAGAUCCGGCGGAACUGGAGCGGGCCUGCAACACUGGAAGUAUCUCUCUGGAGGAUGUGGUAGUAGCGGCUCGUCUGUCGUCUGAUUUUCCCCUUUUCGUUCCUCCUUUCUCGCUUCCCCCGGAAGAAAAAUUGCUCCUCUUACCCCACGAUGAGUUUACGGCCUAUCGAGCGUUGAACGAGAUGUGGUGCAACGGUCUUGCCAAAAAGGUCGUAGACGCGGGAGCACGGGAGAAGGCGGAGCGCGAGGACGCAGAGCACGAGGAGGAGCGUGAGGCUGCUCGGGCUGCUGCUGCGAGGAAGCAGGUGGAGGAGCGUGAGGCUUCUCGGGCUGCUGCUGCGAGGGAGCAGGCGGAGGAUCGUGAGGCUGCUCGGGCUGCUGCUGCGAGGGAGCAGGCGGAGGAGUGUGAGGCUGCUCGGGCUGCUGCUGCGAGGAAGCAGGUGGAGGAGCGUGAGGCUUCUCGGGCUGCUGCUGCGAGGGAGCAGGCGGAGGAGUGUGAGGCUGCUCGGGCUGCUGCUGCGAGGAAGCAGGAGGAGGAGCGUGCGGCUGCUCUGGCAGAGCGUGAGGCGUAUCUCCAAGCUGCUAGGGCGAAGCAGGAGGUGCUCCGAUCGCGGCUGGAGGACCUGGAGCCCCGCCACCAGGACCCGCGAGCAGCAGCUUUGCCUUCGCCCUACCCCCGUCGUCGUAUUAUUGUCCCUCCCCAAUCGCAAUCCCGGGCGCCCCGNCGGGCUGCUGCUGCGAGGAAGCAGGAGGAGGAGCGUGCGGCUGCUCUGGCAGAGCGUGAGGCGUAUCUCCAAGCUGCUAGGGCGAAGCAGGAGGUGCUCCGAUCGCGGCUGGAGGACCUGGAGCCCCGCCACCAGGACCCGCGAGCAGCAGCUUUGCCUUCGCCCUACCCCCGUCGUCGUAUUAUUGUCCCUCCCCAAUCGCAAUCCCGGGCGCCCCGUGGUUCCCGUAGUACCGCCUCGCCGCACGAGAAGGAGCGGGAGGUGGCGGCUACUCCGGCGAACGAGAAGGGGCGAGAGGGGGCAGAGACUCCGGAGGAUUCGGUGACGUUGGGUCUUCCGGUCGCUGCUGAAGACGGAGCAUCGUUUGCGGCCGUAACCACGGUGUACGAGUUCCACGUUGGAGAUACAGCGUUCCUGUCCCGCCCACUGGAGAUGCCAGCCGAAGAAGGAACGUCGGUGGUGACCGAAGGUGAAGGACUCCGGCUGCCUCUUGCCCGUGCUGCCUCCACCCACGAUUUCAAGCACGAUCUACAAGUCAAACGGCUGGCCUCCCCACGCCCUGCACAUGUUUCUGGAGGGGACAAGGAUUACUGUCGGUGGGCGGCUCCUGCGUCUAAGAGCCGGAAGAACCGUUGGGGUGACCAAGAUUCGACGGCCAAGAGCGGGACGGACGACCACCGCCGCUCCACCCAGUCUUCGCGAGGGCGCGUCGCCGGAGAUGGCGGGCGAGGGCAAGCCGUGAGGAACCAGCCUACCAGGUCUUCGCCGGCGAGCCGCCAUCGCCGGAGCAGGAGUCGGAGCGCAGAACGGCAACAGCGCACCAAUCCUUCUNCAGCCGGAGCGGCGACCGUCGUGGGAGAAACACGCCUUCGUCUAGGCGUAGCCGCAGCCGGAGCCAGAACCGGAGCGGGGGCAACAGCAGGGCGACCAGCACUGACAGCAGUCGCGGCGGAAACGGGGGACGGAAGUCAGGCCACGGUAACAGGCAAGUGAUGCAUGAUCGGGGUGGUUUUCGUAGCUCUGGGUUGUUGGGGGAAAACAAGGAUGCUUCAGAAGACGGUUCUCUCUGUUCUUCACCGCUUGUUCUACGCCCUCCCGCUGAUGUAGGCCAACGGACCAUGUCUUCUUUGGAGUUCAAACUUGCUAACAUGCAACUUCGUGACAUUCAGCCGCUGUGAAAAGCCAUGCCCCUGCCCAUGCCGUUAUGGAUCAUCCCACAUUUUCCUUGCCCUUGGACGAACGUGUUGAGUCACCACGCCACGCUACAUCACACGCCUCGACUUCGGCUUCCCGUACUGAAAUGCUGUUGGAAUAAGUACUCACUCCCCUGCGAGCAAAUCAAUCAAGUUAUGGAUGCUGCUGCCGACGCGAAUGUACAACCUCCUGCGCCCUCCCACGCUCCUAGCGUUCAACCACCUGCCCCAUCUUUCUCCCCACGAACGCAUCUGGCACCGCUGCAAGACCACGCUUCGAGUUUGUCGGGAGCUCCUGUAGGGCGCGAUGUUCGUGCCGAAACCGCUGCCAGGGCCACGUCAGGAUCAUCGUCAUCCGCCACGAUGUCGGCGACAGUACCGGUCAGACCUGCGGUGGAACCGUCAGCGUCGGCAGCCCCAGCCCUGUUGCAACAGCCUUUGGUGGUGUCGCCCCCCCCCCUCCAGCGUGCGUCUAUUCUGAUUAAUCCUAGCUCUGCUACCGGCCACAUCGUCGAGCCAACAGGUCGAGCGACAUCGCCAUUGACUCAGGACGAUGCUGGUUUGGCUUUGUCUUCCACGAGAGCGAGAGCGAGGCAGGAGGCUCUGGACGCUGCGGACACCGCUGCAGCGGAGGCCGACACCAUCCGCAUUCUAGACAAAAUGGACACGCUGAAGCCGGAACAACUUGAUAGUGUUACACGCUUGCCCCUCGGUCCUGAUCCUGGUGAAUUUGCUCGUUUCGCGUCUAGCUGCAAGGGUGUGGUCACAGAGAUCCUAGACACAAGCGACGUUAAGCGCAAGGAGACUUUCAAUUCCUCUGCCUGGGUCACCGGAUGGCUUCCGUUGUUGCGCAAACGU